AUGACAACGGUGAUCUACCAAUCCAUUGCGGCUCAUACACAUCGAGGAUACAUGGUAGCUUCCUCAGGAGGCUUUCCUUCUUUUGAUAAUAAGGCAUUCUGGAGCCUGUUUACCCCAAUGCAUCCUCUCAGCGCGUUCGGGUGUCCGCAUCGCUGGUCCUCGCUACCAACAUCAUGCACUCUGGAGCUUGUGUCACACUCUCGUAUCAUCUCCUGCAUGCAGACGUUGCGCGAUCUUUGCACGACCUCGAGACGCCCAACGACCUACCAUGACAUCAGGCAAUGUUACACCCUCAACCCCUCAGCCAUACAGGCCCCGACAAAGAGAACAUUUGUGGGGCCUGAAAUACAGGCUUCUUACCCCGCCGCUUAG